AUGUCUUCACCGCAACCACAACAACCACAACAACCAUCGCAACCAUUAGCUCUACCAAAAACAAGGUCUCAGACACAAAUUCAAAUUUCGAAAAUAGAUCUAGAUAUAACGGGCUCACGGAGGUGUCUCGUGAGACCCAACCAUCAACCAACAAUAUCAAUAUCCACUAAUGGCACCGCUUCCAAAUCCAAGGACCACACGGGUAACCAGCCCCAAGCAAGUGUCCAUUCUUCCAAAUCCAAGGACCACACGGGUAACCAGCCCCAAGCAAGUGUCCAUUCUUCCAAAUCCAAGGACCACACGGGUAACCAGCCCCAAGCAAGUGUCCAUUCUUCCAAAUCCAAGGACCACAAGGGUAACCAGCCCCAAAAUGGAAACGCUCAAAUUAAGUUGCAUAGCGCCAUACAACAGGGUAACCAGCCCCGAAACGGAGGUGCUUCUAAAUCAUGCAUCACACAGCAGGGUAGCCAGCCCCAAAUCGGAGAUGCAAAUAUCCGAGUCACGCAGCAGGGUAACCAGCCCCAAACCGAAGACUCCCUCAUAGUCGAACCUGAAAAAAAAGAAAUAUAUGAGAUUAAUAUCGAUACAACUAAAAGACGCUUACCCCAUGUGCUUGUAGAAUCCCAGGUGUCAGAUAUUCCUUUAUCCUUGUUCCCCGAAUGUCACAAACAGGAAGUAGAAAAACAAAUAAAUCAGAUGCUUGAACAAAAUAUAAUAGAACCGUCAUCUUCUCCUUGGAGCUCACCCAUAUGGGUAGUUCCCAAAAAAUUAGAUUCAAAUGGCCAACGCAAGUGGCGUAUCGUAAUAGACUACAGAAAACUUAACGAUAUAAGUGUGGGUGAAACCUAUCCUAUUCCACAAAUUUCCGAAAUCCUUGACCAGCUUGGUAAAAGCAAAUAUUUUACAACCCUCGACUUAGCUUCCGGGUUCCAUCAGAUUCGUAUUUCAGCCGAUGAUGCACCCAAAACUGCAUUUUCUGUUCCUCAAGGUCAUUUCCAAUUUAACCGUAUGCCAUUUGGCCUCAAAAACGCACCAAGUACAUUUCAAAAAUUAAUGAAUACCUGCUUAUCAGGACUACAAGGAAGCCGGUGUUUCGUUUAUUUAGAUGACAUUGUAAUUUACUCAUUUGACCUUGAAUCACACAUAGAUAAUCUUAAAGCCGUAUUCGAUAGACUCCGUAAAUUUAAUCUGAAAUUACAACCUGAAAAAUGUCAAUUUCUUCGUAAGGAGGUAGUCUAUUUAGGACACACAAUCGGUGAGGAUGGUGUAAGGCCAAACCCAAAAAUAACAGAAGCCGUAACUAAAUUUCCUACACCAAAGUCACCUAAAGACAUAAAGUCAUUUCUUGGACUUGUAUCCUACUAUCGUAGAUUUAUCCCUAACUUCUCUAAAAUAGCAAAAUCACUUACUAAUUUACUAAAAAAGGAUGCGCCAUUUUCUUGGAAGGAAGAGCAACAACUUGCCUUUGAAACUCUUAAACAAAGCUUAAUUAGUGCUCCUAUAUUAGCUUAUCCUGAUUUUAGCCAACCCUUCAUACUUACCUGCGACGCAUCUAAUUAUGCCAUUUCAGCAAUCCUAUCCCAGGGUCCAGUUGGCCGAGAUCGCCCUAUAGCUUACUCCUCUAGAACCUUAAAUAAAGCCGAAAUAAAUUAUUCUGUUACUGAAAAGGAAUGUCUCGCUAUAGUAUUCGGCACAAAAGUUUUUCGUCCUUACCUUUUCGGUCGCCGCUUUAAAAUUAUUACGGAUCACAAACCUCUAAAUUGGUUAUUUAACUGUAAAGAUCCAGGCUCCAGACUGAUCCGCUGGAGACUAAAACUCGAAGAAUUCGAUUACGAAAUUCAAUAUAAAAAGGGGAAAAUAAAUACAAAUGCAGAUGCACUAUCCAGAUAUCCUGUAAACCCUGUAAAUCCUGUACAACCUGAAAAAACUGAUUCGCUAUAUCCUAAUCCUACUGAGAGUGAUCCUAAUAACCUAGAUAAGGAUCUGAUGGAUCUUUUAGUAUCCCCUACUUCUUUUAAUUCUGACGAACUUAUAAACAUAGAAGAUUUGAAUCUCGACACUUCUGAUCCUUUAGCCAUUGAACCAUUACCUGAUAUUGAUCCAUUACUUGAACCACAACCGUCGACAAGUGGACAAAACACUUCUGAUCCUUUAGUCAUUGAACCAUUACCUGAUAUAGAUCCAUUACUUGAACCGCAACCAUCGAUAAGUGGACAAAACAAUGUCCCACCUAUAUCUCCCAAUGAUAAUAUCCUGACAACUCCUCCUAUUUUUGAAAGCUCCGCACAGGAAGCAUUCAUCGAUACAUCUAUGAAUACUUCUGGAAUAUAUUUCGAUCCAAUCGGAUCACUUAAAAUAAUAGAUGGACAUCUUAAGGUCCUAAUACCAAUAGAUAUAUCUUUUAUACAACCAAGUAUUAAGAACUUGAACGGUGUAAUAGGUAGCUUGGAGAUAAUUUGUAAGCAAAGUACUCUCUAUGCAGAUAUCGAAUGUCAUAACUUACUGGGACCGUUGUCAGUCAGACUGAAUGAUAUCAUUCGCGACUUUGAUUCAAUAUCUCAUUUGAUAGAAAUUAGAUCUAAAAGAUCUGCGUGGUUUGGUGCAGUUGGCACAGUAUCCAAACACUUGUUCGGCACUCUGGACGAGGAUGACGCCCUCCGUUAUAAUUCGGCUAUUCAAAUUAUUGAACGCGACCAAUCCAAAUUAUCACAAUUGGUAAAACAAAAUAUUUUGGUCACCACCUCAACUCUGUCAUCUUUAAACGAAAUUAUAAAUAAAAUAAGCGUCAACGAAAAACAUAUAAAUAAGGCCAUUCAGGCUCUGACCCUCGGCCAACAAAAUUUAACAGCUGUUUCAAAUAACUUAAUAAUAAAAUCUAAUUUUAAUCAAUUAUUAAAUACUUUAGAGAGUAGUUUGUUGACGUUAUCUUUUAAAUUAGAAGAUAUUAUUAACGCAAUUAUGUUUAGUAAGUCGAAUGUUUUAUAUCCCUCUAUAAUAACUCCGACUCAGUUAUUUACCGAACUUGUUCAAAAUUAUAGAUUUUUGGCUAGCUAUCAUCAGCUCCCUGUAACCCUAUCCAUAGAAAACAUAUAUACACUGUUUAGCAUAUGUGAAAUAGCUUCCUAUUACAGUAAUAAUAAAUUAGUAUUUGUAUUAAAUAUACCUCUCGUGAAUUUAAGAAAUUAUUACCUGUAUCAAAACAUUCCAUACCCCGUUGUAAUGGCUAAUAAAACGUAUAGCACAAUAGUACCGACUACUAAAUACAUAGCGUUAAGUAGAGAUAGAAGUUUUUAUUGUAAGUUAGAUAGUUUAAAUAAUUGUAAGUCCAUGCACUAUUCAAAUUAUAUCUGUAAUGAUGUCGAUGUCUAUUCUAGCUCAACAUCCCCCACCUGUGAAUCAGAAAUUAUUACAAAACCGUUAAAGUCUGUGCCCAAUAUUUGCGAAACAAAGUUUUUUGUUGGAUUUAUAGACAUUUUUCACCGUUUAUCAAACAACAAAUUUUUAUAUGUAAAUACAGAUGCUACAAAAUUGUCAAUAGACUGUAAAGACUCUGUUGCAUCAGAGAUAAUAUUAUUUGGUACAGGAAUAUUCAAUUUACCUGAAAAUUGUGUAGCCUUUAAAAAGGAUUUGAAACUUAUACCUGUUCAUUCGCAAAUAAUCAAAAUACAACCGAUAACUAUGAAUUUUAGUUUGUUAAAUGAUACCUGUUGUAAUUCUGUUAUGUUUAAUAAGAUAAAACCAUUUGUUUCCACCUUAAACAUAUCUGACAUUAAUUUGGACUUAAGGAAAAUUUAUAAGAAUGACUCCAGGUUCCACCUGCAGAUACCCUUCAUACUUGUGGUCUAUUCUACAUGGAGUUCUUCGAAAUGA